CGUUGGGUGUGGGGCCUCUGUGGUGGUCCUGAUGUGCCCCAUGCCGCAUUGUCUGUAUCUACAGUCAACACAGAGAGCCACGGUGUGGGGAUCAAGCAGAGUCAGCUCUCUGUGAGCUCCCAUAUUGUACAAGAGGAUGAAUUAUUGAAAGCUGUACGAAAUAGCGAAUCAUUGCGCUUAACUUUUACUUUGCAUUUGACGGAAAGCACAUCUGUCGAAUGGGAAACAGUAGUAUGGCGUCGUUGUCUUUAUAUUCGCGUGCCAAGCUGCCUUUUACCUGAAGGUUCAAAAGAAGGCUUCGUUUCUCUCCUGGAGUAUGCUGAAGAAACAUUACGAUGUAUAAAUAUCAUCAUUUGUCUGCGUAAAGACAGAGCGGAUCGAGCAAUGCUGGUUCGUACCUUCAUGUUUUUGGGCUUCAGUGUCCUACCGCCGACUCACUCCUUGGUACCACCAGGCAGUGAUGCUGGCAAUCUCUACAUGCUCUAUGCCAUCGAGUAGUCAGCCAGAAGCUCAACUUCUCUUUCAAAUUUAACGCACAGGGGCGAACACUAAACGGAAACGUAUGUAUUCUACGGCCACAUCUCAGCAUGAAAGAAAUUACAUCAUACAAUUUAACUCUUUGCGCUCCAAUGGUGACUCUCAGGCACCACUUGGUUUGAUGCAAUAACUCCAGAGGUAGAGUUUCCAGUAUCAUUUGGAUUGAUGCAGCAAUUCAAACUGUGAAAUAUUUAUUUAUUUUUUAUUUUUUUAGAAUAUCGCUUCAUGAAUAGAUUCUUAAGUUCUUUACGUAUUAUCUUAUAAAAUGUAAAAUAAUAUAUUGUCAAAUGGCUAGAUUUUUUUUUAUUUCAAAUUAUAUCGCAAACGCGGAUCGGAUUAUAUGUUUAGCUUUAGUCCGAGUUUGACAGUUGUGGCAAAAAAAAUAUUAUUUUCAAAGUUUUUAAGUUUUGUAAGCAUAGAAUGCGGUAAUGGAAUUAGUUCAAGAUAAAUUUGAUUUUUCGUUAUUGAAUAACGAAAUUAGUACUAUUCAUUAAGAAAUUGAUGAAAGAAGAAAAGUGAUAAAAAUAGAAAUGUAGUAAGAGAAAAUGAAAAAUAAAAAUAAGACAAUGAAUAUAAGAAUACAUUAUUGGGAUUGUAAGGUUUGCUCUCAAUGAAAUAAGAAAGAUAAAAAACAUCAAACGACAUUUUAUUGUGAUACUUGCCCUGACAAACUGAGAAUGCAUCUUAAUAAUUACAUAAUUUGUGUGAAAUCAUUUUAAAUUAGCUAUAAGAAAUUCACCGAAUGGGUGAAAUCGUCGGGAAAUCUGGAGUUGUUGGUUCACCGAGUGAAAAAUGCUUGGAGCGCAAAGGCCCUAAAUUAUAAAUGAUGUUCUUUUCUUUUUAAUUCCUUUAAUAAAUUUCAUUGUGUUUAUUAUUAAAAAAUUAAAUUUAAAAAAAAUUUCAUAAAAAAAAUAAAUAGAUAUUCCAAAUUCUUCUUGCUAUAAUAUAAUAAAACAAAUUACAAUAAAAAAGUUAAUACUUUUGAAACAUGUAAAGUAUGUAAAAUAUAUCGAAAUAACAUUUUUAGCAUUAUGCACCUUGGCGUUAAAUUUAAGGGAAAUCUUUAUAUGUAUACGUACAUAUAUAUAUAUAUAUAGAGAGAGAGAGAGAAUAUAUGCAUGUGUAUAUGUGUGUGCGUGUGUGUGUGUGUGAAAGCAAGUACGAAGAUAUAUGGGGAGAGAUACGAAGAAAUAAAAAACCGAAACUAAUAGUCGGGUAUGUAGAUUGCCAACAUAAUACAAUGUAGGCGAAAAUGUCGAUUAAUCCUCUUGAAUACAAUAUUAAGAGCAUGUAAACAGCUGACGAAGCUUCCCACGUAAAAAAUUUGACGGUCUCAAAAAACUGAAUAUGAAACGUCAAAUUACGCAAAAAUUUAUUAUUAAUAAAUCUCAAUGUUAAUUGUAUUAAAUUGGGUUUUACCGCGUCUUAUUCUGUAUUAUUAUAUAUUUUCUUAUUUGUAAGUAUUAUUAUUGUAUACACAUACAUACAUAUUAUAUAACAAUUCAACCAGCAUUUUGGUUGUCUUUAAGUAAAUAUCUUUUGUUUAGUUUAUAUUUUUUUACAUGAUGUAUCAAAAUCCAUUACCUUUCUAAUAAAGAUUAAUUUAAAUAAAAUACUAACUUGUGACAUAAUUCAUAAAACUUCAGUAUAAUUAGUUUUCGGAAUGAGAUGAAAAAACAAAAAUAACAUCAAAUAUAUCAUAAUUAAAAAAUUAUAUUUAAAAUAUUUUGUUAUAAUACUUACAUAUAUAUUUAAGUAAUAAAUUAUACAUUGAUAACAAUGAUUGUAAUUUCAAUUAAAUCAAUUUUUCUUUAUUAUGUUUAUAUACAAUUAAUGUUUGUAGUGAUAAUAGCAAUUAAUGAUAAUGAUUAUGAUUAUAAUUAAAAUAUUUGGUAAUCCCAAUCAAUUAACAUUGUAGUUUGUUUUAGUAAAUGCGUUCUAUAGUGUUGACUCGAUAAUGAAUGACAUGACUGUAAAAUCAUAAAAAAAAGUAAAAAUAAUUACAAAAAAAAAAAAAAAAAAAAAAGAAAAAAAAAAGUGUUUAUAGCUUAUAUAAUAUAGGAAUAUAGAUAAAUACAGAAUAAAUAAUGAAUUAUUAUAUGUUAAUGCAUUAUUGUUCAAUUUGCCUCGAUUUUUUUUCAGUUGAAAAUAGAAUUUUGUGUUUCAUUAGUUAUUAUUGUAUACUGUAAUUAUACAGUUGAUUACAUAAAGAUAUAUGUAUGCUACAUUCA